UCAUAAUAAUACUGUUUUAUCACAUUUAAUAGCAUGUCAUGCGAUUUCGUAUGCAAAAUAAGGUAAAUGGUGACUGGCUAUGGACACAUUCUUCAACAGCAUAAGAAUGUAUGAAGAAGUUUGAAACAUAACGGCUGAGUUGGUUUUCAUUCUAUAAGAUGGAGCCAGACAUCACAGAGAGAGUGUUCUCUGGUACACUGGCAAAUCUGCCAGAACUGGAGUCCACAGUUGUCAGGGUGUUUCUUAGUUCCACAUUCACAGAUUUUCAGAUGGAAAGAAACUGGGUGAUGAAGCAUGCUGUACCUAUUCUCCGGAAGUUUUGCCAAGAGAGAGGCCUAGACUUUCAAAUAGCUGACAUGCGGUGGGGUGUCCGCGAAGAUGCAACCGAUGAUCACCGAACCACCGAACUGUGUCUUCAUGAGAUAACCAACUGCCAGAGGGUGUCAAGGGGACCCAACUUUGUGACAUUCCUUGGAGACAAAUAUGGAUUUCGACCCAUCCCGUCAGAAAUCGAGGCAGCAGAGUUCAAGCUUCUUAAGAACAUGGCCAUGAAACUUGGCCACGACACCUCGCUAUUGCUGACUUGGUACAAAUGUGACUACAAUAAAGAGCCCACGGUCUACAGCCUUCAGCCAAUCAGCUCCCAGUUCCCACAUUACUUUGACAUGACCCCUGCUAAUGCGACACAGAGGCAAAAUGCUCAGCGAGAGUGGUGGUCUACAGUGGACAAACUAACAGCCCUUCUCCGACAAUCUGCCACGGCUGUUCACAAGGAGGGCAAACUGAGUGAAAGAGAAAAACAUAAAUAUUUCCAGUCGGUGACAGAGAAUGAAGUGUUUCAUGGGCUGCUGAAUGUUGAAAAUCUGAACAACAGAGUUAUCUGCUUUGUAAGAACACUGACUGAUCUCAACAUAAGUGAUUACAUAGCAGGUCGUUUUACUGAUCUCGUGGACAAACAACUUGACAGAGAGGCGGAGGAGUUGAGAGAGAAGGUUCGUCUCCACCAUAUACCCAGAGUUAUGCCCCCUGAUCUACUUGUCCGUUAUAACGUACCUUGGGAUGAGAAUGUUGGUGUUGGUACAAGGAACGAGGACCAAGUCAGCUACCUCCAUCAGUUUAGUGUAGACUUUCUAGCCACGAUGGAGAAACUGAUUGACUUUGACCUUAGAGAGUCAUUGUCCGCUCGGCACAGAACGCCACUCUUUGAGGAAGUGGUACACCAUCUACACUUUGCCAGGUCCAAAUGUGAAACAUUCUGUGGCCGUGAGGACCUUAUACAGAAAGUACGAGAGAAGGCCCAAGAAAUUUUUCAGGUUGAAAGUGGUGAUGGAGUCGAAGAGACAAAUGAUGAUCAUGAUGGUGUGAUGGAUGACUUCGAAGAAGAACAGAAACAGGUUAAGAUGGAGCAAGAUGGUCUUGCAGCAUCUUUAGCAGGAAUGGGCACAAAGUAUGUUGCUGGUGACAAGUUUAGUGACCUAGAGUCAGAUCCAGCCUUUAAUCCAAAGGUUGUGCAGUUAAAAAUACAACCACAUGCUGAAUUCUGCAGGCCUGUUAUUGUUGUAGGCAAAUCUGGAUCUGGAAAAACGGCAUUGAUGGCGAAAUUGGCUGAGGUUUCUCAGUCUUGGUAUGCAAGUAAGAAUCCAGUUUUCAUGGUUCGAUUCCUCGGCACCUCAACAAUGUCUACGGCCAUAAGAGAGGUUCUGUUUGGCUUGUGUGAGCAAAUUUGGCAGGUCUACAAAAUUCAAAGACCCUCGGGCAUAGAUUUUGAUGCAGAUUACCAAUAUCUCACAAAGUACUUUGCAGCGCUGUUAUGGAAAAUUGAUGUCAUGGAAAAGCCUCUGACCAUUGUCCUUGAUUCUGUAGAUCAGUUAAAUCAGACAGACCAUGCUCACAUGCUAAACUGGCUGCCACAAAAACUUCCAAAGAAUGUCACAUUUCUGAUCUCUCUUGUUACUGACAGAACAGACUGCUUCAGAAACUUACAACAGGUUUUUCCAUUCAGUGAAAGAUUCAUUGAAAUGAAUAAGUUUCAAAACGAUGUUGCCUCUGAUGUCAUUAUAAUGAUGAACAAAAAGUACAGCCGACAUUUAUCGAAGAAACAGAAAAAUAUGAUUCUGGACCAGUUUGCCUAUUGUAGUCAACCAUUGUACCUCAAACUGCUUGUUGACAUGUCGUUGUCAUGGAGAUCUUACACAGAUGUGAACCAGUCGUUGCUAGGGGCAACUAUCAAGGAAGCUAUCAACCACCUGUUUGACAAUCUAGAGAAAAAUCAUGGAGAAAUAUUGGUGCAGAGGGGAAUAGGUUACCUGUGUGCAGCCAGGGAGGGUCUGUCCGAGAUGGAGUUGGAAGAUCUUCUCUCCCUUGAUGAUGAGGUCUUACAGGACACCUACAUCUACCACCUUCCUCCCGACCCAGAAGUGAUUCGCCUUCCACCUUUGUUAUGGAAACGCAUACAGUACGACAUCGCUGAGUAUGUCGUCGAGCGUCAGUCCGGUGGUAAGAAGGUGAUUGGCUGGUACCAUCGCCAGUUCAGUGAGACAGCGCGGGAGAGGUACCUACACAAGGGCAUUAGGAAGAUGCUGCACACCUCUCUUGCAGAAUAUUUCCAGGGCAUUUGGAGUGAAAGGUGCAAACCAUUGCAGUUGAUAAAGGGAAAGAAAGGCAACUACCCUCAGAACCAGAGACAAGUUCCUGCACAGCCAAUCAAGCUCAGCGACCAUUUGUACAAUACAAGAAAACUUAGCGAGCUGUCUCACCAUCUUGUACACAGUGAGCAAUUUGAAACUGCUCUCAAUGAGCUUUUCUGUGACCCUGAUUGGCUGUAUGCCAAAUGCUUGACUACGACGUUGACUUCUUUGAUGGAAGAUCUAAAUAUAGCACAAGAAGCAUGUGACCAGGCUAUAAAAAGAAUGAAAGAUGAAAAAGAAGCAUUUGCCAAAGCAAAUGGGAAAGAAAAGGAAGCAAAAGAGGUUGAGGAUAUGAUUGAAAGGAACAAGAAACUAUUGGAAGGAUUUAGACUGGUUUUCAGGAUGAUAUUACUGGCUGCUGACAGUAUCAGAAAGGAUCCAGUCAACUUGCCUCUUAUGGUCUUGUCCCAACUUGGGCCUGACUAUUCAGGGAACCCUCAAGUAGAAACGCUUGUUCAGCGAUGCUUGACAUGGUGCAGGUCCAGCCCCCUUCCUCUCAUGGUGCCCAGCAGGGAGUGUGUGAGCAAGCCAGGUGGGAUUCAGCUGUACUCCAUCAGUAUUGAUGUGGCCCAACAUGAUAAAGACAAGCGUGACCCUUCCCGCCAGUGUUUAUACCUACGUGAGGAUUUGGGGCAGCUAUAUGUGGUUCGACAGAGGUCAGGUGGUCUCAGUGACCAACUGUGUGUGUUUGACCUCCACGAUCACGGCUCUUGUAUUGCCGAGGAGACAAUCGGCCGAUAUAUCAGUGGAAUCAGCUUUGUUGGACAAAACAAAUACCUGUUGUUAGAUGCAUACAUCUCCUCAUCCGGCUCUCAAGGCGUAUUCAGUUACGAUGUGAAAACAGAACAUCUGUUAUUUGAAUCGUCAAUGGCGGCCCCAGUGAAAUUCACCCAUCCAACACAACACAUUGCCGUUUCACGAUCAGGGACAUUCGUUGCUUGUUCAAACGACAAAACUGCCUACAUCUACCAAAUGGAACAAACUCUACAACAAAAACACUCCUUCAAUGAUCACGAAAACCUUAUAUCUGUCCUGCUUAUCUCCCCUGAUGAAACUCUUCUAAUUACUGCUGCUGCCUGUGGCAGUUCAUGGGAUAGAUUGGCUGACGAGGUUUUUGUGUAUGAUCUAAAAUCCAAGCAGAAAGUGUUCACUGUACCCGGUAUCAAUUUCAACUAUGGCUCAAGUUUGGUGACAGGUUCAAAUAUUCUGAUUGGUGGAAAAGUAGGGUAUGAAGAUGAAGGAACACUGUUGGUAUACGCAUUAUCUGAAGGGGAAAAGAAACAUGAAAUCAUUGCAAAUACGACUUACGAGGUGGAUGCGAUGUAUUUGCAUUCGUCCAAUCAGUAUGCUUUGACCUGUUUGAUGGGGACUUCUGUCACGAAUGGGAUUGAAACGAAGCACGCUGCUCUUUUGGAUAUUGCAAAUGGCAAAAUGGUUGGAAAGGCCCCAGAUGACCACAACGGGCCGUACAAUGCUGCCGCCAUAUUCGGGAAGGAGGCACUUUACUAUGCCACCUGUGUCUGGGAUAAGAAUGAUAUUGUUAUCUUCUUUGCUGGGUAUGUUGGCAAGCCAUUGGACAACGCGAUUGUAGUGAAUGUUUUGACUGGCCAUAAUGGACAUAUCACAGACAUUGUUAUACCAGAGACUUUGGAAACCAUCAUUACAGCCUCCUGGGAUAACACAGUGAAGGUAUGGGACCUGAAGACAAUAUUGGAGAACUUCACUUCCGAACUGAAGAAGCUGGAGAUGGUGGCCGUACAGACGUCACUGCAGUUAAACGGUGGUGACAUGAUGGUAGAAUUGGAGGAUUAUGUAACAAAAUAUCUUCCAGCAAACGAUGAGGUGAAACCACAGACCACAACCCUAGCCCUUAACAGGUCAGGAGAGAGUGUUUAUGUUGGUACAGAAAGUGGAAAAGUUCAAGUGUAUGACAUUGAGUCAGCAAAACCCAGCCUUGCUAUUGACACAAACAUUGGCGCUGUUAUGAAAAUGAUGCUGUCACGAGAUGGGCGUUUUAUGAUUGUAGCUGGAAGUCAGGAUAUACAUGUGGAAGACUUGCAUUCUCAACGCCAGAAGACUCUUGAAGGUCGAGGGGAAUUCUCUUGUAUGGCCGAGGCGAGUAAUACUCUAGUGGUUGGGUGUUCUGGCAUGGAAGCAAAGGGCAGAGUGUGGAAUAUUGUCACAGGAGAGACUCUGAGAGACUUUGAACUGCUAUAUUCGUUCCAAUGUGUGGCAAUCAACAGUUCUGGUACAAAGGUGGUGUCAUCGAUGUUUGAGAUUCCGAUUGUUGUCGAUUUGGAAAACGAAGGAGGGGGUUCCAUGAUAGAACCGGAGAAGACUGACAUCAUGAUGACAGGAGCGGUUUCCUGCGCUAUCAGCCCUGAUGAUACAUUGGCCGCUAUGAGUUCCACGGAUGGGGCCGUGCGUAUAAUCGACAUGAGCGGGAAUUACUUAUUUCGACUCCAACAGAAAUCAUCUGCUGUCGCUCUGGUAUUCUCGAAGGAUGGAGCGAGUAUGUUGUCUGCUGGCUACCGGACUAUCUACGUGUGGUCAAUUGUUGAUGGCAGUUGCAAGUACAAGUUAGCACGACACCUUGACUUUGUCAAUGAUAUGAAGUUCGACGAAACUGGUCAGUUCCUGGUUACGAUUUCAAGAGAUAAGCAAGUGAUUCUAUGGGAUUUUGCUAGAGCCGUUUCCAUAGCAACCUUCCAGGCCAACUGUCAGGUAAAGGCCGUUGACAUAGCAACCGGCGGAAGGUGUGUAGCGUUCAUUCCAGAAGGGAUAGCUGAUUUGGCGAUUUUACAACCAAAUAAAAGUCUGCAGGAUUUAUUGGAAGGGAAAGUCAAGCAGCUGAAUCUUGGUCCACAAGUUGAGGCCAUGGCCUUGACUUUCACCAAUCAGAGGAAAGAGAAAACUGGGAAAGCUAGCAAAUCUUGUGUUGUCAUGUAGUAACAAAAGGUCGGGAACUGUCAUGUCAUCCACUCAAAAUGACCAUUUACAAAAACCAUGAAGACACCAAGAAAUCUAAAAGGCUGUACAUUAUUUGAAUUGGAAGAAACUAUUUUGGUUGUCACUUGAAAACGAAAAAGUUCUUUCAUGACAUGAUUUGAGAAUCUGUGAUAAAAAUAAUCUGUUCUAUCCUUACCAAACUUUAAAAUCGAAUCUCUUCUUUGGUUUGAAAAGGUUUUUUAGAAAGAGAGGUUUAUCUUUUUGGCAGGGGGGAAGAAGUCUAUUAUUUAAUUUUAAAACUAUGAUAAUGUUUGUCUGUUGUACAAAUAUCUGUGAUAUUUUUCACUGGCAAUACUGUUGUUAAAUUUUCAAGCUCAAAUUAUUGUUAUUAAUAUACACUCUGACACAUAUCUUUAUAUACACAUUCUUUAAUAUUUACAUACAUUUUUGACUUUGUUUAAAGUGUUAUCUGUUGUUUAUUGUUUCUAUAUACUUUUGUAGUUGUCGAAUUUAUGCUUACACAUGUACUUGCAUAAUUAUGAAGAAACUAAUGAGCAAGGUAGAGCUUGCAGUGCUGUGUAUAAGUUUAUUUAUACUGUUAGUGAUAUGAGGUUUCUUUGGAGCAUAGUGCACAGACAGAAUGUAACCCUGGUUAGAGCUACCCUGGUUCUUGAAUGUGCACCAGUGUAUAGCACUGUCACACGGGAUCCCCAUUUAACGUCCCUCCUGGAAGACGAUAAGUAUUUUUAUUUAGUGUUGAGGCAGGGAAUAGAACCUGUAACCCCUGGAUUGACAGUCAAGUGUGUUAUCACUAGACCACGGAUUCGCCAUGUGAAUGUUGCAACUAUUUAUUUACUUUUGCACUGGAUGUUACAUUCUUAGCUCGACUAUUCGAAGAAUAGGUAGGCUAUACUACUCGCCCUAGCGUCGGCGUCGGCGUCUGGUUAAAGUUUUAGGGCAAGUUGGGAUUUUCACUUAUAAGUCCAAUACCCUACAUUCAAUUGACUUAAUACUUCACGCAGUUGUUCAGGGCCAUCACAUGAUGAGGUUAGAUAACUCCAUAUCAUUCUUUACACAGAUUAUGGCCCCUGAUUGACUAUGGAACUUAGGUUAAAGUUUUAGGGCAAGUUGGAAUAUUUAUUAAUAACUUCUAUAUCCUUUGUUUAAUUGACUUAAUACUUCACACAGUUGUUCAGGACCAUCACACAAUGAGGUUACAUAACUCCAUAUUAUCCUAAAUACAAGUUAUGGGCCCUGAUUGACUUAGGUUAAAGUUUUAGGCCGGUUAAAGUUUUAGGGCAAGUUGGGAUUUUCACUUAAAAUUCCAAUACCAUUCAUUGAAUUGACUUAAUACUUCACACAGAUGUUCAGAGCCAUCACAUAAUGAGGUAAGAUAACUCCAUAUUAUAUUUUAUACAAAUUAUGGCCCCUGAUUGACUAUGGAACUCAGGUUAAAGUUUUAGGGCAGGUUGGGAUAUUGUUUAAUAACUUCUAUACCCUUCAUUCAAUUGACUUAAUACUUCACACAAUUGUUCAGGACCAUCACCCAAUGAGGUUACAUAACUCCAUAUCCUUAAUACAAGUUAUGGCCCCUGAUUGACUUAGGUUAAAGUUUUAGGCAAGUAAAAGUUAAGGGCAAGUUGGGAUUUUAAUAAAAAAAACUUCUAUACCGUUCAUUAAAUGCACUUAAUAAAAUUCAAAAUUAUUUACGACCAUCUUACAACAAGAAACAUAACUCCGUUUUAAGCCUAAAUACAAACUAUGGCCCUUGAAUUAUAUAUAUAUUUUAUUUUUUUUUAAUUUCCUUUGAAAGGCAUAUUUGUAUAUUCUUAACCACAUUUUCAUAAUGGGAAAUCAAGUUUUUUAAAUGACUUGCGUCAUUGUUUGGGCGGCUGGUGGGAGGGCAGCAUCAACGUCACCUUAUGUAUCGAAUAAUUUUAGUUAGGUUUGACAUAAAGAGACCAAACUUGGUAUUAUUACAUCGUUAUUGUAUUCUAAGUCAAAGCGGCGUAGUCGAGCGCGCUGUCUUAGGACGGCUCUUGUGCUAUUAGAGUUUCAUGGAAUACAUUAUAUUGUAAAAUACAUGUUCAUGUACAUAAGUGAUUUGUUUGUUUCUUAAAUUUGUACAUCAGUAAAUACAUAAUUAGCCAUUUUUAUCAUAUAUCUAAAUGUAUCUAUCGUUUGUUGUUCUUUUUUAGCUUAAUACCUUUGCAAAUUACUGUAUUAGUGAUUGUUCAUAGUGUAUUGCACUAAGUGUUUCAUUUUUGUAAUGAUAUUUUAUGGAGUAAAGUAUUGUGUCAAGUUCAUAUAUGCAAAACCAAUAGUAAAUUUACUAAUAUAUACAUACAUUUUUAUUUCUUCUUAGAUAAUCUGAUUUGUAAAUUUGCUCGAUUGUUGCCAUUUCUACCUAAAUGUAGAACCAUAUAUUUGUUUUAUUCUCAUUUUUAAAACUGAUAACCUUGCAGUUAUUAAUAACUGACUAUAUUUGUGAUUGUUCAUAUACACUUGAUUGUUUGUAAAUACAUGAUUUUUGCCAUCAUUUCAACUGUCACAAGGUUUUUAUUGUGUUUCUUGACAUUGCAUUGAUUUAUGCAUGUACAUUUUUUUGUACAUUUACUUACAUGUGAAUGCAAAGUGAUAAUUUUGAUACCUCAGCUUUUACAUAGGUAAUACUCAUCAUUUUCUACAAUUUCCCAGUGAAUACAUAUUUUCGAGUGUAGGAUGAUAUCCGCCCCGGAUGAUUGCCCCCCCCCCCCAGACAUUAGCCCCUAGGACCAUAUCCCCCCGGAUGUACAAUCACAAGACAUGGUAUAUAGACCAAAUGAACGACAGACCUAUGAAAGUAUGCAAACCUACAUGUAUAUGACCCGUCUUCUUCGAACGUCGCAAACCAAAAUCCAUCAUAUUCUUCCACUGCAAACAAUGUUGAUCUUAUGAAAUGUCGAAUAUAGGGCCCUUGCACGUGUAUGUGUGAUGCAUUAUGUCAGGGCACGGUUUACAUAUAUUAACAAAUGUUAUUUAUAUUAUACACUCUUAUGCUUGAGAAUAAAAUGUUUUGUAUCGUUCUAUA